AUAUUCUCUACACUCGACAAUUCAGUUUUGCUUGAGCAGAUUAGCUUAUUGGAUACUCUGUCAAUCAUUGCCAACAUCAAAUCUCAAUGGCCUUAUCUGCUCUGCGUUCGGCGAUCUGGGUUCCUUAUCCAGUCGCCCACCCCGGCCAUGGAUUCUGGGGCGAACAAACGUCAACACUGAACUUCUGCGAAGAGGACUAUGCGCUAUCGUGGUAUUGUGCCGAGCUCUGCAAUACAAUCACAAAUGGUCUUUUCAUGUGGCUUGGGAUUAGAGGGAUUAGAAGCUGCAUGAAGGAGGACCAUCCAUCAAUAUUCCUGAUUUCUUACAUCGGGUACAUGGUCGUGGGACUAGGCUCUAUCCUCUUCCAUGCGACAUUGAAGUAUCCUAUGCAAUUGGUCGACGAAUUAUCCAUGAUAUAUACGACUUGCCUGAUGAUGCAUGCUAGCUUUUCUUACUCACGCUCACAGGUAUUCUCAGUCGUCUUAGGGAUCGGGCUCCUUUCGCUUGCCGGGUCAAUCACGCUCUAUUACUACCUCACCAAGGAUCCCAUCUUCCAUCAGGUAGCAUACGCUGCUUUGACCGCUACAGUCGUCUUUCGGAGUAUCUGGGUGAUGGAGACGCAGGUACGGCCAGUCUUGCACGCCCAAGAUCCAAAAAGGGCCUCGAAGCUGCUUAAUACGAUGUGGGCCAUGGUAGCUACUGGCCUGGCGGUUUUCCUUGGUGGGUUCUUAAUCUGGAACCUCGAUAACUUUUUCUGUUCCCAAGUGCGACGGUGGAGACAUGCAGUUGGCCUUCCCUGGGCCAUUCUGCUCGAGGGCCACGCCUGGUGGCACCUCAUGACCGGGUUGGUAGCCUAUUAUUACAUCACUUGGGGCACUUGGCUGCGGCAUUGUCUUGCGGGACGAGGCGACAAAUACAACCUCGUCUGGCCAAGGCUGCUGACGUCUGUUCCAUAUCUGAAGAUGAUAGAGGAGGAUCAGGACCAAGCAAAGAAAUCCCAAUAGACUUAGAGCCGCCAGAGAGCCCGAGGGUUUCGUGCUCGGGGCGCGGGUUAAAUGCUGCGUCCCGCGUCGCAAUGCUCUACCUGUAUGUACAGUAAUGUAGGUAUGGUGCAAUAAAUAGCUGGAGAGCUUAGGCCUUGAGUAGCAAUAGAUUUCGGGGAAUCCCACCAAUCCGGGGCUGGGUCGCC